AUGAAUUCCCGUAUAUUCAUUGGGAAUCUCAAUAGUUUUGUGGUCAAGGAGUCUGAUGUGGAGGCAAUCUUUUUAAAGUAUGGCAAAAUUGUGGGUUGCUUUGUGCAUAAGGGCUUUGCCUUCGUUCAAUAUGUCAACGAAAAUAAUGCCCGGGCAGCUGUAGCUGAAGAGGAUGGCAGAAUGAUUGCUGGCCAGGUUUUAGAUAUUAAUCUAGCUGCAGAGCCAAAAGUGAAGCGAGGAAAAGCAGGUGUGAAACGAUCUGCAGCUGCAGCAGAGAUGUACGGGUCAGUACCAGAACACCCUUCUCUGUCCCCUCUACUCAGUUCCUCAUUUGAUUUGGACUAUGACUUUCAACGGGAUUAUUAUGACAGGAUAUACAGUUGCCCAGCACGUGUUCCUCCUCCUCCUCGAGCGGUGGUGCCUUCUAAACACCAAUGUGUUUCUGGAAACACCCCUCGAAGGGGCAAAAGUGGAUUCAAUUCGAAGAGUGGACAACGAGGCUCUUCUUCCAAAUCUGGAAAGUUGAAAGGUGAUGACCGUCAGGCCUUUAAGAAGGAGCUGACUCGGAUAAAAUAA